AUGACACAUCUCGAAAACUUAACAUUGUAUCUUCGUAUUCGUACGCUAAAUCGAUCCGUCGUUGAUGGUACACAUCUUCAGAGUGAAAUUCUUGUUCAUAUGCCUAAACUUCAUACAUUUAUCUUCUAUAUAAACACCGAAAUUUAUAUUCAUCAUUUAAUGCCUCAUAAAUCUAUUCAUGAUGUUCGAGAAACAUUUACAAACAUAAAAUAUGGACAAACGGCUUGUAUCGUAGAUUAUGUCAAGACAUCCACGGCCAUAUAUCAUGUUUAUUCACUUCCAUUCACAUUUACUCGUCUAGAAAACAUAACAAAUCAGUUUCCAACUAUUGGAUUUGAUACUGUAACUCAUUUGUAUGCCUACGAUGUAGUUCCAAUGAAUCAUGAAUUCUUCAUGAGAAUCAAUCGAGAUUUUCCAAUGCUUAAGUUUUUCUCUUUGAAAAAUGAAAUGGAGCAGUCAUGGAAUCACGGUGAAUAUCAAUCCGACAAGAAUCCAUCUUGUUCAGUUAUUAAAUAUUCUAAUUUAAUAUCACUUGAUAUCACACAUGUCAAUAUAGAUUAUGUUACGCAAUUUCUACUCGAAACAAAGACAUGUCUACCUAAUCUAACUGAGUUAAAAGUCAAUUACAAUCAAUUGAAAACCGUAACAAUGAACUUUACAAGAGAUGCAACGCGAUACAAUUGUUCGAAAGUGAAACGAUUGAUUGUUGAACAAUCAAGAAAUUUUUCGAAAGAUGUUUAUCAAUAUUUUCCUUCAUUGUAA